AUGACGUGUCAGGUGUGCGGGGCAAAAGGAGCCGAGCCGCACUUUGGAGGAAAUUGCUGUAGGUUGGUGAAGCGGUGUUCUCGAAGAAAUUCGUGUUGUUCAGGGCGUGCGCGGCGUUCUUCCGGAGGUAUGUGCACUCGCGGAAGUUGAGCAUCACGUGCACGUGCACCAGAAGGAGAUUGGCGGAGAAUUCACAUCCAUGUAGGCAUUGUCGGAUGAUCAAAUGCCUUGCGAUCGGGAUGAUUAAGUGCAGUGAGAUCUUUCGAACAUCUUGAAAACCAUUCUUCGUCACCUACUUGCAGAAGUUCAAGGAAUGAGGGAACGGAACGAUAAAAAGGUGGUCAGACCUGGAAGCACAACUAUCCUUUCUCUAUUAUCUGUGAGUAUUCAUCCUCUCUCGAAUCAUAAAACCAGAAUCACUUCUUUUUCAGUGCAACAUCAUUCCUCGUACAUGCUCGAACAUUUCUUCUACCGUAGCCAAUUGGGUCGACCUGGACAAACAGCGGAAGAUGUUAUUCGGAGACAAUAUAUUCAAGUUGAACUUCACGCAGAUCACACAUCUUGCCAAAUCGGACACUUCGCUCCUAUGGAAUUUCAGUGAAAUUGUAUUCCCUUCGAUAGUCGAGCUGGAUCCAUCUGAUAAGCAGGCGAUCAUCAGCAAUUUCUAUCCGAGAUGGACGAUGAUGGAAUCCUCGAUCGAUUACUCCGUCAACUACGAGUUCUUUUCCAUUUUUGUCGGAUCCGACGCCUACUAUGAAAUGAUGGCCAACUUCUACGGAUCGUCGAUGUCAGAGGAGCAGCGUAUUGAUAAUAAGGAGUUGGUUCGCAUUUUCGGACCCUAUUGGGACUUUCAUUACGCGGAGAUUGCGGAUCCGAUUUAUCGAAAGAAAUGCGACAAAGUAGAGUUCAUGGCCCUAUUCCUUCUGCUGCUUUUCGAUGAGGGUAACAGGAAGAGUCUGUUUGAAAUACUAAAAGUGUUCAUCGUUCAGCUUAUACGAACAUCAGUGAGGACUGUGCCCGAGUGUGCCGAAGCAUUCGAAAAGUGAUACUGCGAGAACUGAAAGGGUAUCAAACCGACAAUAACUGCUCGGAAAUGCGCUUCAUCGACGUUCUGGACACCCUCAUGCUGCUCGAGAAAGCGGAGCAGAAAUUCCAGGAGGAAGUGCUCAUUUGCGGACUGAAUAAUGUACACAUGAGCGAUGAUUUCAAGGCGAUCGUUCAAGUGAAAAAGUUGUAA